AUGAAAGAAGGAAGAUUACCUGGAGAUGGAGGUCUUGUGUCCCCGAAGACAAAUUCGUCUGCACUUGAUGUUGUUGACUCGAAUAGCCAAACUGACAGCCUCGAAGGCAACUGGGGAUCUGUUUCAGUUUAUUCUAUCCAGUCAGAGGCACAAGCUGUUCUUGAUGCUGAAGCUGUACCACUUACAGAUCCCCAAGCUUCAUUGGAAAAGAAGGCGAAACUUGCAUCUGAGAGGCAAUACUCUGACAAAUCUGAUACGUUUGAGGCACAGUCUUUCAUGACAUUGGUUGAACCUGGAGGCGUUGAUAAUCAAAAGGCUACUGGUGCUGAAAUCAAGACAGCACAGAACCCGGAACAGCCAAAACCUGCACCUUUGCAGGCUGGGUGGUUUCCUUCUAUUACUCAUGUUGUGAACGAAUCACCAGGGAGAAGGAAGAAUGAAGAGAUCAUCGCCAAGGUUACAAACUGGAGCACUGGGAAGCAACACACUCCUUUGAAAAACCUUUUGGGUGAGGCCUACCUAGAGAACAAAGCCAAGUCACCGAACCAAAAAGAAAGUCAAGCCCGUGCGCUUCAGAAAGAUGAUAAAGCAGUGACGGGGAAGGACAAUGGUCGUCCAACAACGACAGUGAACUCAAUUCUGGCUCCCGAAUCACCGACAGGUCAGGCAUCUAGGAAAGACAAUGCAAAAGAAUGGAACUCUCCGGCAAGAUACCCUACAGAGAUCAAGAGUGAAAAGCAGAAAGCCAAGGGGAGACCGUACUGGGCACAAUUUUUAUGCUGCUCAUCUGCGCAUCAGCAUCCGUAGCGUCUCAGUUCAGAAAUUUGGAAGUGAAGUUUUCAAUCAUUGAUGCACAUAUUGUCUGUGUGUUAGCUCUAAGUGUUUACUUCUACCGACUUAGGUGCAUAUUGUCAGUAUGGUUAUUUGAGUCUGGGAUUUUUAGUAGGCUUUGGUACUGUAUUUUACGCGACGGUUCAAAGUUA